CGUCGUUCGUUUCGUACGCGAACGUGCGGUUACAUCGCAGUUAGAUGCACACUGGAAAAAUAUCUCUCGUGCGCCGCACUCUCUACAUCCGAUCGACAAUCGCGACUCGCGGAUUUUUUUUCCUUUUUUUAUUCCAUUUUCGUUAUUCGUUUUCGUUAUUUCGCUCUAUAGAGAGCGGCGGCGGCGGCGGCGCAUGCUAACAUAAAAAAAAACAAAACAAAGGAAAAAAAAACAAAACACAACAAAACAAAACAAUCGUCCAACUGACUAAAAAGUCGUUUAUCUUUUGUUUAUUGCAAACUUAAACAAACGUUUUUUUUUUAAUUUCAUCGCAGUCAUCAGUUUCUAAAAGGGAUAUCGUGGAUUCAUCUACAGAUAAUUAUUAACAAAAAAGAAAAGAAAACCUAAGAAGAUCCAGUAAAUGUAUUGAUAAUGUCAUCGUCAUGUGACAAUGUCAAAAUUUUGCAACGUUUUCAAGCCCAUACCAGUGAUAUAACAAGUUGCGACUUUGCUCCCAACUUUACCUUAGUGACAGGGUCAAGCGAUAAGACAGUAAAAAUAUGGGAAUGGUUACCGGGAUCAGGCUACAAAGAAAAAAUUUUCUCGCCAUUACGCGGUCACAAGUACGGCGUAACAUGUGUCAAAGUUUCACCACAAGGGUCGAUGCUGGCAACGGCUUCAAUAGACGGUUCGGCUGUCCUUUGGAACUUACAUUCCGGCACCAAAAUAUAUACCAUGGUCCAGAUGAACGGCGAUCCGAUUCGAGUUUGUAGGUUUGCUCCUGACAGUUCCAUUUUGGCCACUGCGGGUGAUAACGGUGCCAUUUGCUUUUGGGAUUUAAUACAUCGCAGUUUAAUCCGAACUGUUUUUCAACAUGAAGGAACCACGCAAGGAUUGGCGUUUACUUCAGACUCUCAAUGGCUUAUUAGCGGGUGUAGUUUAGAAAUUUUGAAUGUUUGGUCCAUGCAGGAUAUCGGUGACACAACUAAAGACGAUGUUUGUAAUCCUGUAGCGUCUCAAGAUAAUGCGCAUGAUUUAGGUAUUUUAUGUAUCGAUGUUUCACCGCACAUAGAACACGAAGAAUCCAACCCCUUUAUAAAACACUACACUUUAGCAUCUAGUGGAAAUAGCGAUAGAAUCAACACGUGGCGAAUAACGACAUGUUCUUCAGCAAAAUUUAAAUCUGACACGAACGUUUCUGUUACAAUUGAAAAAUUAAACGAGCUAAUUGGUCAUUCCUCCGCAGUGACUUUUGUAAAAUACAACCAUACAGGGGCCUUAUUAGCAUCGUCAAGUCUUGAUAAAGUGAUUAAGAUAUGGAACUCAGCAGGAACAUGUUUGCGCGCCCUUCAAGGUCACACCCGAUACAUUAACUGUGUUUGCUUCUCGAGGGAUUCAAGGUUAAUCGCUUCAGGUUCUAAUGAUAAAAACAUCAAUGUUUGGGAUACCGAAGGACAAUUUAACAUCAAUUCGGAGUUGGUGAAGAGUUAUACUCAUUUGAUACCCUUCAUUCAAAACGGCGUUCAAGAAAGUCAAGUUAUUAGAAACGAUGAAGAAAUUAGGGAAAGUAGCGUUAUGUUAUUGGAGAAAUUUAGUGAUUUAGCUGAAGCUGCCAUUAAUUCUUGUUGUUUUUAUGGCAAUGAUUUACUUGCCAUAGGUUCAAGUGAUAAAAUUAUUAGAAUAUUUAAAGUAACCACUGGGGAUGGUUUUUUAGAAGAAGUUGAAUAUUCCCCAAUGGAAGGUCAUUCCUACUCAGUCAAUUACGUGGAGUUUUCACAAGAUGGUACUCAAUUAGCUUCUGCUUCUUUAGAUGGAUCGGCUUCAAUUUGGAAUUCCCAGACGGGUGAAAUUUUGAAUACAAUCCCUGAUAACACUUUGGGAGUAAGAAUAUCCAGGUUUUCACCUGAUGGAAGUAGAUUAUUAACAGCUGGAGAUGAUGAAAAAGCUACCAUUUGGAAUUGUGGAAAUAUGGAGAAAGUUGGAGAAUUAGAAGGUCACUUAGAUGCUGUUACCGCAGCUUGUUAUUCCCCUGACGGAAAAAUUAUAGCCACAGCUUCUAGUAAUGGAGAUUUUCGAUUAUGGAAUGGAACGGUUAAUAUUUACGUUCAAGAUGACGCCCACGACUUGGGGAUACAAUCGUGCGAUUUUUCACCUAAUUACGAACCUUUAUCAAAUGGAUUUUCAAACGAUGCUAAAAAUUAUCUUUUGGGAACGUGUGGAAAUGAUAGUUUGGUGAAAUUGUGGAGUAUAUCAAUGAAACUUAAUGUUAAUGUUGCUUAUUUGAAAGAAUUGAAAGUAAAAUGUUGGAAAACUCUGCAAGGACACGGUGGAAGUGUAAUUUACGUUAGAUUUGCAACUACCGGUGAAAUUUUAUGUUCAACAGCAACAGAUAGACAAGCUAGAAUUUGGGCGGUCUAUUCUGGCGAAUGUUUGCACGUUUUAGAUCACGAUUCAAUAGUUACAACAUGUUCUUUUAACGAAAAUUGUUCAAUGUUAGCAGUUGGUUGUCUUGAUAAAACUUUAUGGCUGUGGAAAUUACCUCAACAACUGGUAUUCCAAACUGCUGUAGCAAAUAAAAUAAAAAUCCGUACAAAAUCCGUUGUUGAUUGGACUACUUCAGACAUUUUAAAAUGGUUGGAAGAUCUAGGUCUUCAAGACCUCAAAGAUUACAUUGCUAACACCACUUUAGACGGCCAAAAACUACUAACAGUUCCAGAAGAAGACGUUUGUGUCGCUUUGGAUCUAAAAGGAGACCAAGCGGCACGAUUAAUAAGAGAAAUUAAAUGGCUAAAACAAAUGGAUUUAGAAGAUCCGAGUAUAUGGAAUAAAUCCAACGUUCCCAUUGAAUUUUUAUGUCCAAUUACUCACGAAGUAAUGCGCGAACCUGUUAAAAUUUCUGACGGAUUUACGUACGAAAAACGAGCCAUCACAGAAUGGUUUAUGGCGGGAAAAUUCACCAGUCCCAUGACAAAUGCUGUUUUAACAAACACCGAUUAUUCGUUAAAUAUCGAAUUAAGAAAUUCGAUUUAUUCGUAUUUAUGCGAUAGUCAUGAAAAUGAAGAAUAAAAAUUUAUUGAAAUAUUAGUAAUAAAGUAGAGCAUUCCUUUUUAAUUCAGGAAUUAUAUUAUAUUAUAGCGUUUUGAUUGAAAGUUGGGUUUUUCAAUCGAAGAUUACUCUUUUUUGCCAUUAUGUUAUGUGGUUAAAAAAAGCGAUAUAAUGGUUUAAAUGUUUUUAAGUGCCCUUGCACUUUAUGUGUUAAAGUAAAUGAUUGAAUUUUAAACGUCUAUAUUGGAGUAAUAUGAGUAAAAUGUUUUGUGAAUUGCUUUAAUCUAUUAACAAGUCUGUUUGCGUCGUAACAAGGAGAUACAAAGAUAAAUCCCGGUAUAAUCUGGGAUUAAAGUAAAUUUUAAUAAACAGGCGUUUAACACUAAUCGGUUUAUUUUUACACAUUAGUCGUAUACAGAGUGGCCCAAAUUCAAGUUAUGCCACAAAUUUCGAUCUCAUUUUUGAAAAUGUCUCCCAAAACCUGAAAGUUUCGUAAAGGUUAUUGUUUAUUGUAGGUGUAACAUUGUGAUUUAGAUAUUAUUAUGAAGCCUUAACUAAAACAAUAUUUAAUAAAGUAUAUACAAAAUUUGCACA